AUGCUGCCUGUGUCCUCCGCCUGUUCGUCUUCCGCCGCACCGCUCCCGGCACCCUCAUCAGCGGCGGUGAUAUCCCCGAGAGGUUUAUCUCUCUCUCCUCCCCCUCCAUCUGCUCCAGGGGAUCUCCCGGGCUCAAUCAAGAAGCUUCGGGCCGCUCUCAGACGCCUGCGGUAUCCCCCUGCUCUCCAUUCGUUCGUCGACACCGCCUCUGUCGCAUCCGGCGGGUUCGACGAUGAAAGCCUCGGCCGAGGAAAUGUGACGGCCUUCUUGGCAAUUCUCCACUUCCUUUGCCUGCAACUUAGUGAAGGAGUCUGGCGAGCGUUCCAGGACCGAGGCUACGAUCUACUCUACAAAACAGACCAACGCUUCGUUCAAACCCUGUGGAAAUUCCUGCGGGAUGAAUGUCACUACAGGCCAGCCCUGACGGUGUCCCAGUUUCUGUCCCCAACGGGUUUCGCCGAACGGAAGAUUCACCUGUGUCUAGAUUUCGUCCACAUUUGCCGGCAAAUCCACAACCAGUACGCCGCCCAACAUCGCCCCCGCCGCAGCAGCAAGAGUCCGCCGCUCUCACGCGAUGUGGCUAGUCGUCAGUCGAAGGACGAAAACUGUCCGCCUGAACAGCAUUUCAAUUGCUCCUCUCCGCGUGGUGCAUUCUCUGGCACGUGGCCCGAGCAUCGCUUGAAGGCGCGGGAGAGUGCGCAGACCGCAGUGAUUCCUUCGCCCGGGACCGCGAGGUCAAUAGACUCCUGCAGCCCUCAACUUUCUACAGGUCUCACAGCAGGGGCCGCCGAAUGGGGGAAAGCUCCGGAAAGCCGCAACGAGGCUAACGACGGGCGUUUUCCUCCGGUGUGGGCGAUUGAAGCGUCUACACACUGGGGGCCGUGUCACCGUCUGAGCACGCAGGGAGAAGCUGAGCACAUGGCAGCCACCUGGAGCAAUCCAAGCGGAGCGUCUCUGGGCCCAGAAGGAGGAAACAGAUGCGAGGCUGUGGCGCCCGGAGACCUCGCUGCUGUCAGCGCGUCCGUCCCCGUCGGGCUCGCAAGUGAGCCGGGCGUCGCGAGAGAUGGUCCCCAGAUCGAGAGGAUCGGCGAAAUCGCGAGGACGGCUCAAAUGCUUCAGCUGCUCAUGGAGCAAGUCUCCAGCUUGAGUGGCAAAGUCGGCGCUUUCAGCCACCACGUGACGGCCUCCGUCGACGAGUUGCAUCUUCAGCUGCAACUUUUGCAAACCCGCGUCUCCAUUUUGGAGAGCCGGCUUGGAUCUCGCCUCGAGGCCGCUCCCACAGCGCCAGGUCCGUCGGUAAGUCCUCAAUUUCUUCGAAAGAGUUUCGGGUCCUCGAAUGCGCGAGGCGGUCCUGAUUCCCUCUGUCCGAAUGCGAUCUACAACACGACUUUGGCUGCGUUGCCAGCAACCGAGCCGAGCAUAGCUCCCCCGCCAGGCGUCGCGUCUCUUUCCUCUGGGGCGGUUUCCCGCGAAACAAACGGGAGCUCCAACACUUCUUUCCGCGCUGGAGCGGGAGGGCCUGCGGAUAAGAAGUGUGCUCCGCCCCUGCAGGCGGGGCACGCGACGCGCCUUGGCUUGGAAGCGCAACCAGCGGGGCGCCUGGAUAGCUGGGCCUCGAUCGAUUUGCGCGCUCCGUCCUCUCACGUCCCUUCGAACAGAAUCGAGGACGAAGAAAGCGCCGAGUGCGUGCCCGGCCUCCCUGCGGCGUCGCCUUCUCGCGGGUCCAGGCAGGACGGAGCGAUCGCGAACAGAGACACCGUGGGGGGGAACCGCACGCGCCCGGGGCAGGCGUUUCCAGUCUCGUCGCCCAACCAUGUGGAGUCGUUUUCACCUCAAAAUCCGUUCUCGUCGACAAAUACCUUUGAGAUGGCAGAGAGAGAGAAAGGCUCCGUUGACGUGUCGCCUCUAGAUCCUCUGGAUGUGGAGAUGCAACAGAACGUUCUCCGCAUCACAGAAAAAAUCAACAGUCUCCAAGCAGUGCUGCGACGGUCAAGGAACUCUGAGCGCGCAGUCGCUUCCCCUCGCGCUGGCGCCGGCGCUCCCGCAUCCGCGGUAGCCGCUUCUCGAGCCGCUCGCACGCUCCACGAGGAAGCGGGUUCCGCCACUGUGCGGGGCUCCAGCGUGGCCACAGGCGCCUUCAUGCCUGCACGGCUGUCUCUCGCUUCGGGCGUCGAAACUGGGCAGACAGCCUCUUCUCCCGUGUGUCGUCAGCAGCACGCGUCUGUUCAGGACUCGGAGGACUUCCACCGGCCCGACCUCUCUGCCUCUGAGAGCCGGGAAACUCCGUCGUUCUCUGUGCCGGGUGACGCCCCUGGGACGUCCACGAGAAAUCGUGUUCCUCUGCGCGCGGAGGAGUCGUCUGCGGUGCCAGGUUUUCCCGCGAGUUCGCAGGGAGGUUGUGGGGCUGAAGAUGCUCUUCGUCUUCCAGAUUCAGUUCCUGCAGGCUCCGGGGACGGCGCGACGGAGCGCGGUGUUUCGAGGACCGUUUCCGGGGCCGAGGGCGACAGCGAGGCGUCGGAUGGAAGAUGGCGAGGCACACGCAGAACCCAGCACUCUGCUCUCGCGACGGAUCUCUCCGAUCCUUCCGACCGGCGCCAACAGAGCCAGCAAACCCCGUUUUUUGGACUGAGUUGCAGUAGCGAUGGCACGGGCAGUGAACUGCUCGAUUCGUCCACAGCUUCGCCCUCAAAAGUAUCUCCGCAUCAACCGCAACUGGACGCAGGCGACACCCGUCAGAACUUGCGAGUGUUUUCGCCCUCGAAGGCGUGGCCAGAGUGCGCUGUGGACAUUGAAGGUUUCGUGGCUGCCGCUGCGAGGGCGGCUUGGGGCAGUGCGAGUGGCGAGGACAUCUGA